AUGACUGAUUCUCCAACCUGGAGUCCAUUGCUUUACCGCCCUUUGGGUGCGGAUGAGGUUCGUGUCCUGUGUCUCGAGCCAAGUUCUCAAUCGGCUCCUGAUGAUACUGCCAUGAUAUCCUGUCAGAUGCGUCCGGUUAAGCUCAAAGAAUUAGGUGUAUCAUCAGCGUUUAUCGAAAAAGAGACUGCAGCUGAGAGGGAAUGGGAUUUUAAUGAUAUUUCAUAUGAUUACACGACGUUGUUCAAACCUAGAAGAGGACUUCUUGAUCGUGCGUUGAAAAGAUAUAUCAGGUCCCUGAAGGAGGCUCAAGAUAUUCCCCAUGAAAGUGUGGCGUCCACCGGUGAAUUGCCUCACCUCUCAGAUCGAUAUGUUGCACUUUCAUAUAUCUGGGGGACUCCUGCUGACAAGAAGACAAUAUUGGUCAAUGGGGUCGAGAUGCAGAUCACACAAAAUCUACAUACCGCUCUGUUAGAAUUGCGAAAGUCCGGUUGGGUUAGACGACGCAUUAACUUAUGGAUUGAUGCGUUAUGUAUCAACCAAGACGAUUUAGAUGAGCGUGAACAGCAAGUGAAGCUCAUGCGAGAUAUCUAUGCUAUGGCAUGGCAAGUAGUCGUCUCUCUCGGCUCAGGCACUGCUAUCUCGACCAUGGCAUAUACUGCUUUACAAUGGUUGGCCCAUGAAGUAGGGUCGGAUGAAAAGUUAAGGGAAUUUGCUAUCAAAUAUGGGACUUUACAUCAAAAUACUGCCGGAUCAGUCCAGUCGGCCCCCCAUACUUUACCGUGGCAUGAAGCUACUUUUGAGUCGCUCCGUUCCUUCUUUGCAUGUCAAUAUUGGCAUCGUCUUUGGAUUCUGCAAGAAUUGGCAAUGGCUAGGAUGGAUGCGCCUGUCCUCUGGGGGGGUAACUUUAUGUGUCUACGCGAUAUAUGGAAAGCUUGUCAAAUGAUCGAGGAGCAAGAAGAUACAGUUUUGCAGUACAUAACGACCCAUACUUCUGAUGCUGAUAAGAUAAGAACCAUAGCUACGAUAGAUCGCCGACUAGAAGACCGCGAAGGAACUCCUGGGCAGCAGUGGAAGCAUCUUCUCCGCAUUAAGAACAUGCGUGAAGUAGAUCAUAAGGGCGUAGAUACUGCCUUGCCAGCCCUUGAAUUAGCAAGACAAGCGCAAGCUACCGAUGCACGAGACAAAAUUUAUGGAAUCCUUGCUCUUCCUUGCGUGGAAGGACUCGCCAACGUAUCUCCCAGUUACCGAAUCGAGCUCACUGAAAUAUUCAUCAAUUUCACACGUGAAAUAAUCUCAAAUAACGACCACGGUUUGGACAUUCUCAGACUAGUUCAUUCUCCCGUUGACAAGAUUAUGCUUUCCUCGUUGACUGCUGAUAAUCCUCUUUGGAUACGCAAAAUGAUAAAAGGUCGCUUUGUAAACGUUGCAUCGCCUUGUACGCACAAUUUACCAUCUUGGGUGGUUUGCUGGUCGUGUAGAACUGCUCCUGUCGCAUUCCUUCCCGGUAUCUAUAAAGCAGAUCGUGGCUUCACAUAUCCUACAAAACCAGUGUUCUCUUGUGACAAUAUCAUCUCAAUACAAGCCUUCUUCAUUGAUACCAUAGCUACUCUCUCGGCAUUUAAUGCUCUUGAGGCCGAUGCGAAGUACCCGAAAAAUUGCACGGAUGCUUCUUUUAUCCGCAAUGCAUACGCAACCAUUGAUGGUCUCAAAGAAGCUUUCUGGACAACCAUCGUAGCCGGUACGACACCUAAUGGCGAAAAGCCUCCUCCAUCAUGGGCGGUCCUUCGAUUGCCGCGUCUAUGGUCGUUAUUCGGUACGUCGGAAGGUGGAGGCUCGGGUCUCGAAUUUAGCCUUCACGGCUUCGUGGAGCGUAACAAGGAACUCAUCAUUUGUGGAACACGUCUCGAGGAUCUUUUAGCUGAUGCUAAAACGAUAAAAGAAAGAAAGGUUUUCAGGGAUGAAGAAAGAGGUACAAGUAAUGAUGACUUACGAGAUUCCUCAUCAUGGGCUGCCAAUGUCCUUGCGUGGAGGAGAUUGAUCGGAACGAAGAAUGGCCGGAUUGGUCUUACGGUUGCAGCUGCUAUAGAAGGGGAUUCAAUUGCGGUUAUACCGGGAUGCAGUGUUCCUCUUGUUUUGAGAAGGAACGAAAAGGGCUGGAGUCUUGUCGGAGAGUGCUUCGUUUACGGUCUAAUGAAUGGAGAAGCUGCAGACUUAGUGGGAAGUGAAAAGAUUGGCAUCGAACAGAUCCAGCUCCAUUGA